AUGCCUUUCGGAAAGAUCUUCACUUUCCCUGAGAACCCCCGCACCACCGGCAUUCUUGCCGUGGCGAAGGCGAACGGUCUCGAUCUCGAGGUCGUCGAGGCCGAGGCUGGCAACCCUACUGCUGAGCACCAGAAGGCCAGCAAGCUCGGAAAGGUUCCUGCCUUCCUCGGUGAGGACGGCUAUGCUCUUUCCGAGUGCAUUGCCAUCGCCAUCUACAUUACUUCCCAGAACGAGAAGACUACCCUCUUGGGUAAGACCAAGCAAGACUAUGCCUCUAUCCUGAAGUGGCUCUCUUUCUUCAACACCGAGGUCCUUCCUCCUAUCGGUGGCUGGUUCCGACCCCUCGUUGGCAAGGACCCCUACAACAAGAAGGCCGUUGAGGAGUCUUCCAAGAAGGCUCUUAGGGCUAUCGCCGUUGUCGAGGAGCACCUCCUCCACAACACCUACCUCGUUGGCGAGCGCAUCACCCUCGCUGACUUCUUCGCUGCCGGAAUCAUUUCCCGUGGCUUCCAGUUCUUCUUCGGCAAGCAAUGGCGAGAGGAGAACCCCAACGUAACCCGCUGGUUCCAGACCAUCGUGGCCCAGCCCGUCUUCGACGCUGUCAAGACCAAGUAUGACCUUCUCGAGGUCCCUGCCCUCACCAAUGUAGCCCCCAAGGCUGCUGCCAAGCCCAAGGAGGCUAAGCCCAAGGAGGCCGCUAAGCCCAAGGCUGCUCCUGCCGCCGAGGCCGAGGAGGCUCCCAAGGAGGCUCCCAAGCCCAAGCACCCCUGCGAGGCUCUCGCCAAGCCCAGCGUCCCUCUUGACGAGUGGAAGCGACAGUACUCCAACAACGAGACUCCUGAUGCCAUGAAGUGGUUCUGGGAGAACCUCUCCUUCGACCAGGACUACUCUCUCUGGAAGGUUAAGUACAAGUACAAUGACGAGCUCACGCUCACUUUCAUGUCGAACAACCUUAUCGGUGGCUUGAACGCCCGCCUCGAGGCUUCCCGCAAGUACGUCUUCGGCUGCGCGUCGGUCUACGGUGAGAACAAUGACUCUAUCAUCCAGGGUGCCUUUGUCAUCCGUGGUCAGGAGUACCUGCCCGUGUUUGACGUCGCUCCCGACUAUGAGAGCUACGAGUUCACUAAGCUCGACCCCACCAACCCUGAGGACCGCAAGUACGUCGAGGACGAGUGGACCUGGGAGCGUCCUCUUGUCAUCGAUGGCAAGACGUAUCCCCAUGCCGCUGGCAAGGUCUUCAAAUAA